AUGAGCAGCGUGUCGUACUCAGCAUGGACCAAAUUUGACGUGGAAAAAGAGCUAUUGCGUGUAGAUGAGGUGGAGAAGCACGAGAUACAGCAGAAACUUCAUUGUAAGCAAUUGCAGGCUAAGAAGAGUAUCGAAGAUUCCGCCGCGCAGGCAGCACAGCAAUCGGCCGAUAUCUUAGCAGCACAAGCUGCAGUGGCCGCUUUAAAAGCCAAAAAUCGGGUACGGAAGGGACAAAACACAGACAACAAUUUAAUUGAAAAUGCCAAGAAACUUGAGAAUCAGGCUGCACUUUACGCUGAAAAGUACAAGCUGUUCCAACAAAUUCUAGAGAACCGACGGGAUGGAGACAAAGCUUUAAGUGAAAUGAAAGAAGCGAAACUUCUGUAUGAAAAGGCUUUGACUGCAAUCGAAAAGCUUGAAAAUUUAGCACCAAAGCUGCUUGAACAGGAGCAAGAAGAGAAACACUCGGUUGAGAGAUCUGUGAGUCAAGAGUGCAAUUUAAAUAGUAACCAAAAUCACUUGUGUGGAAAAAAUGAUUGUUCUGAAGGGGAAAAAACGCGUCAAAAGGUCAAUGAAAGCUUACCCAAGGCGAACGAUCUGCGUGCAAUUAUCAAGAUGUUUUAUAUAGAUGUCUAUAUGGGAAUUGGAUCUUGUGAUCUGAACGCUGGACGUCUAGCUGCAGCGACUGAAGCUUUCAAAGAGGUUUUAAUACGUGAUGAUAAGCAUAUUUUAGCUUGGUUGAAACGUGGGGAAGCAUUUGAACGGAUGCAGGCACCAUUAUUGGCCAUGCUGCACUACAACCGCAUAACAUCUUUGGAUUCGGAGCAUGAUCAAGGAAAAAAAGCUUUGGACCGAGUAAAAUGUACAUUAUUGAAAGACGGUGAUGCCGCAAAUGACAAAAUUGCAAUCAGUAGCAUGGUGACAUCAUACACAGAAGGUUUGAUGAUGGAACAAGUGCUUGAGCGAAUUCAGUGGAUGUUUGUAGAAGCCAAUGUGCUGGCUAUGGAGAACUUUUAUGACUACUCAACAACGAAAUAUCACGUGAUACUUGGAUGUUUGGAAACGGUGCAACGUCAAUGGAAUGCUAACUCAUUAACUGAAACUGCUAUUCCGGCUGUUCUCAAAGAGAUUGCUAUCUCGUGUCAUUUAAACAUUGCAAGCGGUUAUGUCGAAAUGCAGCGGAAUUACAUGAAAGGCUUAUCUCAUUGUGAGCAUGCACUUAAGCUUGACAGCAAGUAUGUAACGAUCCAUUUUCGAAUGGGUGAACUCUAUCACGCGCUGCACAAUUACGAAAAGGCCAUAAAAUGCUUUGAAAUAGCAAAUUCCUUGGUACCUGAUGCCACAAGUAAUCUGGCUAAUGAACUUCGCACGCAAAUGCUAUCAGCAAUCUCAAAACGGACUGACAAGUGCAAGUUCGACCGCAAUCAGUAUGAUUUAGAGUAUCUUCAAUCGCUAAAGUCCAUUUGA